UUUUUGGGAAUUUUCAGAGAAUUAUCAAGCAAGUGAAGAGGAGAGAGAAGAAUUUUCUUUAUUUUUUGUGUUAGAUGAAGGAAAGGGGAUUUGUUUCCUCACCUAUUACAGGGGAAACAAUUGGGUGGAUUGGGUUACCCCUAACUAACGGUUUGUGUUACUUUAGUCGGUAACCAAACACAAUGUAACGGAAACACUAAUAUGAUUCCGUUUCCAUCCCUAUAAAAUCCCUAUACCAAACACUCCCUCAAUCUCUACCUCUUGAAUCCCUAAUCCCUCAAAACACUUCAAUCUGAGCCCUAGAGACGAAGAAAUUGUUUACCAUUCAUAAAUCAUCCGGUCUAAGCAAAUAAUCUUUUUUGCGGGAAACUACAACCCUUGAUUGCAUGGAAGAAGAGGACUCUGCUUCUACGCUUGCGUGGAGUUGGGUUAUUGAAGCCUUAGCAAAGUCUCAGCUUGUGGAUGCCACUCUUUUAUAUGAGUUGGUUUCAAAGACACCACCAUUAUUGGGUGAGUCGGGGAGAAAAGCAAGGGAAGCUACUGCCUUGAGGUGUUUAGAGGGACUCUUCAGCCCUUCUAAUGUGUCAAGUAAAAAUCAUGUUGCGUCUGACUGGUCAAAAUUUGGAUUUGAUCCAGCAGAAAGCUGCGAAGCUGCAAUUCAGCGCCUUUUACGUGAGACUUCAGGUUUUAAGGGCGCAUCGGACGAGUUGAAUUGCAAUACUGAUUCUUUCUUAAAGCACAAGAAAGCAAGUUUGCCGAAAUCUACUUUGGAACUGUUAAAGGACAUGAUUGUAGAAGAUACACAUCCACUGGCAGCAUCUUUGAAGGAGGUUAGUGGACUCGCUGUCGGAGAUCAAUGUGUGUUAGAUAUUCCCUUUGACGGUGGUGAUCCUACAUCUCCUCCAUUAAGGAGCGAUGAAGAUGAUCAUGUUGAAAAAACCAUGCUAGCAGAAGAAAAUGGGUGUUCUCCAAUAUCUGGUAUUGACAAUCAGCUUAGACAAGCCUACCUUGCAAAUGGAAAAACAUCUUCUAGGGGUGGCGUAAGUAGUAACCACACUGAUAAUCAUAUGCAAGAGCUGGAGGCUGCCUCACAUGACAUGGACAAUCUAUGCCCCCCUGGAAAGAAGCUUAAAUUGGACAAGGAGUAUGGCAUGCAGUCUAAGCAUCAGCAUUCAGCUCCUGUUGACAGCAAUCAAAUGUGUAACAAUGCAGAAGAUGGACAAUAUCAUGAAGUCAUAAGAGUUAAUGCAAUUUACGAUAGUAAAUCUUAUGGGAAAGAUGAUGAGCAGUCUAAAACGUAUGCGGAAAAUCAUGAUCAGCAACAAAUUUCACCUAAUAAUGGUAAUGCAGAAGCUGUACAAUAUCAUGAAGUCAUAAAGGUCAAUGCACAACAUGAUGGGAAAUCUUAUGGGAUAGAUGAUGAGCAGCCUAAAACGUCUGUGGAAAAUCAUGAUCAGCAACAAAUUUCACAUAAUAAUGAUGACCAUUUCCGCAAAGAGAUCGAUCUUGCCAUGAAAAACCAUAACUUCCCGAGUUCACAAUGUGUAUUAACUGGAGACUCCCUUGAAAUGACAGAGACACAGACAAAUCUUUGUAUGAAGUGCAAUAAAGAUGGCCAAUUGUUAUCUUGCAGUGCUAGCAGCUGCCCCUUAUUGUUUCAUGAGAGCUGCUUGGGUUGCUCAGCUAGCUUUGAUGAUCUGGGAAACUUUUACUGUCCGUUUUGUGCAUAUUCUCGUGCAAUGUCAGAGUAUGUUAGAGCCAAAGAAAAAGUUUCUUUAGCAAGGAAAGAGCUCUCCCUAUUUAUUGGAGGGAGGACUAGGGAUUUUCCAGAACGUGAUGGUGAUUCAUCAUCAGGGGAUGAUGUUAACCUGGGCAAACAUAAGAAUGUUGAUAAGACAGCUGAAGUGAAGAAAGCUGCUACUUUUGUAAAUCAAGCUGCUAAGUCUCAUCAGACAAGUUUGAAAGGUAAACAAUUAGAGCUAACACACUCUUCUGCCUACAUGAAUGUUAAUCGAUUUGUAAUGGCUACACAACAGCAUAUUUCUUUUCAAGACAGACAAGGUGCUGAAAUAAUUAUCCAACUUUCAAGAAACCCAUCUCAAAUAUGGAAUAAGGAUCAGGAUGAUCAUCGUUGUGAUGGUGUCAAGUUGUCUGGUGAUAAUAAUGAGCUAAAACUUCAAGGAAAACUCACUAGGUGUAAAAUUACUGAGUUUCGUGAAGAUGCUUCCUCUGAAUCAAUUAGUGAUUCAGAUGGACCACAACAAGAUAAGGGGAAUGAUGGUACCUGUUCCUUGGCAUGCCGUAGACCGUUAAGGGCAAUUCCAGGAUCUCCAGUAGGUAGACGUAAAAAGAUUCGUUGGACAGCAGAGGAGGAAGAAACGUUAAAGAAAGGGGUAGAAAUAUAUGAUCAAGGGAAUGGUCGAACCAUUCUGUGGAAAAGUAUUUUGGAAUAUGGAGAUUCUGUGUUCCGAAAGGGUCGAACUGCUGUAGACCUGAAGGAUAAAUGGAGAAAUAUUACUCGUGGGACAAGUCCUAAAGUAAAUUGAGGUUUAUCUUCUUUGAUCCGGUUUUGUAGGUAGCGCCUUUUGUAGCAAUGCUUUAGGGCCUUUCUUGGUAUAUAGUUUCUUUUGUAGCAAGACAUAGAACAUUUUGUGGAUGUAGAUAACCAAGGUUUUCCCGUGCAGACGCGCAGACGGGUCUCUUUUGUAUAUUAACCAAGACCUUUAGUAGGAUUAGUGCAGUUAUUCUCCGCAUUAUGAAGUUGUGACUUGUGAGUAAUGAAGCUGUCUUUUUUGUA